CCAACACUCCAUAAAGAUGUGCUCCCGCGGAUCCUCCUGCCACAGCCACGAGACCUCCUGCCACGGCUCCCGCUCCUCCUGCCACGACUCGGAGCCCUCCUGCCAUUACACCAUCCAGAGGGUCCCCGUGCCCAAGUACACCUAUGUGACGCCGUGCUGCCCCCCAGUGCAGACCUUCUGCCCUCCAGUACAGCGUUACUGCCCCCCGGUGCAGCCCUAUUACCCACCCACCCCCUAUUGCCCCCAGUAUACCAAGAACAUCUGCAAGCUGCCAUCAUCAUUCCCCAAGUACUAGCUGCACCGGCUGCCUGCUGCUCUCGAUGCCCAACGCUCGAACUGCCAGAUUCCCAUUUGGGAACCCCAAAUCCCAUUUGGAGUGAAUCCUUGAAUCUUUCUUCUGUGAUUAGAAUUUCCUUCAAAAAGUAAAUUUUAUCUGUUUUGAUGUAUUUAGCAAGAAGCAUUCAGUCCUUGAUCUUCUCCUGAAGGCUGGGAAUGGCUUCUCCUGGUAGCACCUUACUUAAUGAUGUGUCAUCCUCCAACCAUGUAGAUGAACCAAUA